CGAGAAAACAUAAACAAGCCGCUUGUGUUGCAAGUUCAUCUGUGAAUUUCCCGUGAAAAACCCGCCCGAAAUGUCGUUCAAAGGCAACGCGAAGGUGCAGAAGGUGAUGGUGCAGCCCAUCAACCUCAUCUUCCGCUAUCUGCAGAACCGGUCGCGCGUGCAGGUGUGGCUGUUCGAGAACGUCAACACCCGGCUCGAGGGGCACAUCGUGGGCUUCGACGAGUACAUGAACCUGGUGCUGGAUGACGCCGAGGAGGUGAACAUCAAGACGAAGAGCCGCCGCCAGCUGGGCAGGAUAAUGCUCAAGGGCGACAACAUCACGCUCAUCCAGAACGUGAAUCCCGGCUCGGGGAUGCAAAUGUGAGGUUAAGGCGUCCGGGAGGAGACAUCGGAGGAUUUGGCGCGUUCCAGGGAGGGCUUUUCGAAUAAAGUGUAUUAUUUAA